UAAAAAAUAAAGAAAUAAAUGUGAAAGAUUAAAAAAAACUGAAAAGAGAACAACGACUUAACAGCUCAGAAGUGGGAUUGCCCAACCGCCUUCAAAGAAUUACUAAGUUUCAAUCAAUUCAAUUUUUUUCUCGGAAAACAUGGAAAAAAAAUAGAGCUGAUCAACUGGCUUACUGCGCACGAGGUGCCAUUCGAAAAAACGCUACAUACAAAUUGGCCAAUUGCAAAUUGCAAAUUGCAAUUGAUGCUCUUGGCGAUGCCAAUUUCGAUGACCAGGAAGAGAACACCAUUCUGCAAACGAAUACGGCUUUAUCGUCUAACGCCCAGGUGCACAACGCAGAUGAAAUCGACAACAUCGCCAUCCAACAGCCGCUAGUAGAUGCAGAAAUUGAAUUUUUGCAAAAUAAAAUUCUGUUGAUCGAGCUUCGUGAACGUGAAAAGAAGAUGUGUUCAGAGUUUAGUGUCGUCACUCAAUCAAUGAAACCCUUCAGUGGACCCGGUUCCAGCGACGCAUUUAGGUGGAUCAAAGACUUUGAGCGAAACUGCGAUUCUGAUGACGACGCGUACAAGCUUAAGUGUGUACGUCGUCUUAUGAAGCCCGACUCAGAUGCCGACCUGUUCGUUCACGUUGAUCGCUCUACGAAUUAUGCUGCAUUUAAGGAAAAUUUUCUCAAGACGUUUGGACGGUCGCACUUUGUGGUGGACGUAGUAAAUCAACUGAAAUCGACAAAAUUUGAGCCCUCAAAAAUGUCCGUACUAGGAUAUAUCCUGAAAAUGCAGGAAAUCGCCGAACGAGCUGCAAUUGAGGAGGAGCAAACCGUCCACAUGAUAAUUGAUGGCUUGUGCGACAAAUCCGCUGACAUUGGUGUCCUCUAUUCGGCCAACACAAUUGAACAGUUAAUAAAACGAUCUCAUCGUUACACUCAACUACGUAUGAAACGCUGUGCUGAGCGAAGCUCCUCUUUUGCUAUUAAAGACUCAGGUCGAGUACGCUGCUAUAACUGUUCAGGAUAUGGGCAUUUUGCCAAUGCUUGCUCGGAACCAAAGCGCGCCAAGGGAUCUUGUUUUCGCUGGGGUUCGACACAACAUACUAUCAAGGAGUGCAAGAUGAAGACGACAAUCGGAGGCAGAUCCGUGGCUUUCGCAAGCGAGCACCAACCUGAAUCAGGAAAAGGGGGAUUACCUGAACUUAAUAUGCGCUAUUAG